AUGAUUGAUUUAUUUCUGGCUGUUCAAAGUGGAGGCUAUGAAGUGGAGCAGUUUGUGGACACUCCGGACCAUGAUCUGAUUUGUGUCAUCUGUAGAGCGGUCAUAUGCUGCCCUGUACGACUUACAUGCAACCACGUCUUCUGCAAAGAAUGCAUUUUACUGUGGAUGAAACGACAGGUGAAAUGCCCAUGCUGUAGGAAGUCUAUCGACCAAAACCAAAUGCUUGUUUUGUUUCGUUUGAGUAAAUCCAUCGGCCGUUUAACAAUCAAGUGCCGAAACCAACAACAAGGCUGCAGGGCCACUUUCCCUCUUUCCAGUGAAUAUCUCCACAUCUCUAACUGUCCAUAUGAACUGCAGCUCUGCCCGUAUGAUGGCUGUGGAGAACAGGUGAUGAGGAAAGACGCGCAGGCCCAUGAGCAGAGCUGCAGCUACUGGAGACAGCUGUGUCCAAUGGGCUGCGGCACGAUGCUCUUGCGUGAGAACCAGGACCAACACAACUGCUACAGAGAAUUACAUCAUCGCUUUGUAACCGAGCGGCGGAAGCAGAGAGCCGUUGCAACCAACCUGCGCAGGACGAUAAUGCGCAUGCAGAGUCGCAUGGCUCAAAUAAAGAGGCAGAUAAACCUGCUGUGUGAGAACCUGGAGCUUGGUGAUCUGGAGGUUGAAGCAGAGCAGGGAUCUAACACUUUGACAAACACUAACACCAGCCACAACUCUAGCAGACAUCAUCACAGUUCAAGAGUGAGAUCUACAUCACAUUCACUAUAACCGUGAAA